CCCUAGCUCUAUAGUCUGUAGACACUGUAGUCUAGAAUCUACUCUUAAGUUACACUAGAGUCUAGACUAAUGGACUAGGACUAGCUGAUUACAUUCAAUUUAUAGAUCUAGAGACAAACUCUAUUCUCAAAGCCCAAACGUUAUCAAAACAUUUUCACCUCAAUAAAUCACCACAAAAAUGAGUACAGCAGAAGAGGGCCUCAUGGCUCUGCUUGAGGCCAUGUUAACACUGGCAGCCAGAGACCAUGUACGGAGACCUAAAACAAAUGUUAAACCUGGAGGUUAUCCUGAGGAACAUUUUAUUGAUCUAUCUGAGGAUGAAAGAGAUGAAUUUUCCUGUAAUAUUUGUUACCAAGUUCUAAAAGAAACCAUGCAGUGUGCAAAUAAUCAUAAGUUUUGUCACUCGUGUUUGCUUGUGUGGUCCACAACUGGUCAGUAUGCUAACCGGAUUCGCUGUCCUGUAUGUCGAACUCAUGGUUACUAUUUUCGUAACAAUGAAGUUGAUGAUCGCAUUGGUGCUAAAAAAGUCAAAUGUCUCCUGGAAUCAUGCAGCUGGUCAGGGCUGUUGAAAUGUCUCUGUUCUCAUCGCCACACUACAUACAGUGAUGGCCAUUCACCUGCUAAUGAUGAUUCAACCAGUACACCAACAAUUAUGCCUCGUCUAUCUCAGGCCUCACCUCACAUUCCAAUAAGCAGUACUUCUAGGUUUUCUGGUACUGGCCUUUCAACUCAAGGGAGCUCUGGUUUAAGUUUGGUGAGGGCGCCAAGAUUUUCACGAGUUGGUAGCCAUUAUCUUUCCAGAGAAAGUCCAAGUCCUCUCAGUAGUUCAAGUCAGGAGACAGUUGUAGAGCUUCCAAGACAGUCUAACAUUUCCAGAUCCAUUCAUAGACCUCUACUACGUAGAAUUCCUGAUGUUCGCUCGUCCAACAACAGAAUUAUUUUCAGCCACACCGGACCAAAUACAGAUAGUAAUAAUAAUAUAGAGGAUACGUCACCCCCACUUUCAGAUAGAUCAAACCUAGCAGAUGUAUCGGAUACCAUGAUGCCUGUUAGUAGUACUCACACACCUAGGCCACCCACUGGUCCAAGAACAGCGACAAGCACAGCUAGUAACAGACGCCUUCCUAGAAUAAUUAACCCACCCCCAAGUCGCCGCCAGCAUUCUGAACCUCAGGCUGCUUACAACCCCAGGCCCAGACCAGCAGCAGAAAACCUAGGGGAAAUUCGGAAUCGUCUUCAGGAAAGUCGAAGCAGAUUGGAUAACUUAAUGACAUCUUUUUCAGGGGAGCUUGACCGUAGUCGACAGGAAAUGGCAGAGUUCCACCAGGAAAGAGAACGUCAGCGUAGGGAACAACUUGAGGAAGUCAGAGAACUGGGUCAAAGAUUAGGUCAAGUGGCUUCUGAGCUCAGGCGCCUAUUGGAACACCGUCGCUAUAUUACAAGUUUCAGUGAUGAUGAAAUAGAUGAUGAUGAUGAUGAUGAGUGAUGGAGGAAACUUUAAUCUCUCAGCUAUUUUUUUCUUAAAAGAAAUUGCUCAAGAAUAUAAAUGUUAUUUUAUUAAUGUUUCUCUAGAAAAAUUAUUUGUUGUAUUAACAGCUAAAAAAAAAUUACAUCAUCAUUUGACCAGAAACUCUGAAGUUUUAUUUUGAAGAAUCAUUUUCACCCAAUAUCUUUAUUUCAACCUAAUUUUCCAUGCUAAAGCUGAAGAGGGUUGUAUUUGAUAAAUAUAUAGAAGUAAUAUUCUGUUGCUUUCCAGUUUUGAUAGGGCAAAUACAAGUAAUAAAAGCAUAAUUUUGUUAUGACAGUUUCAUUUAAUAAAUGGUGGUUUUAAAAUCUUAAGUUUGCUUUAGUUUAGUUUUUGUUCUGAAUUGGAGAAAGCAAUGUUUUUGCUUUUUUACUUUAUUAAAAUUUCAUUUUAACAUAUCACAAAUAUUUGAAAAUAAAAAAAAGUGUUGAGAAAAUGUAUACAUUUUGUAUACAUAAUUUAAGGUUACAUAUUAAACCUUUGAGUUAUAUACCAGUAUUUAUUUUUCUGUGAUAUUUUUUUUUGUAGAAUUUUGACUUUAUCAAAAAAUAUUUAUAAAUUGUGUGAUAUUUUUUGUAUUACCACUUUAAUUAAGUAUGUGAUUACAUUAUUCUAUAUGCACCCUUAUUUUUACUAGUACUAUACUACACUUUUUUCUGGGAGAGAGAGUAAUACUAAUAGCAAAUACUAAUAGCUUCGUGUUUUGUGUUGUAGAAUAAUAAUGGCAGACGCUGAAGAUAAAAUCAGCAUUAUUUUUCUUUUACUUUUGUUCUAGUCAAAAAGUUCUUAAAAGAUAACUUUAAUCACUUUUACAAAAUAUUUUUCAAGCUAAUUUACCUUACAAAACAAGGGAUUUAAUAUUUGUUUAAACAUACAAAAAUAGACCUAAAAAUCUUAGUUAUUAAUAUUUUAUUCCAAUCUAAUUUAUGAAUUUUGUUGUGUAAAUAUAUAUUAAUGUUUAAAUGCUAGCAUGUUGAGUUGAUACAUUGUGGCAUCAUUGUUGCAUGCCCAAGUUUAUUUCAACUUAUUUGUUUACCUAUUUUUUACAUAACUAUAAAUGCUAUAAAAUCUUGACAGUUAUGUAAUCUUUUGCAUUUCUUCUAAAAGUUUCUAUACAUAUUUCUUUAACAUUAUACUUUUGACAUAUACUAUAAGCAUGUAUAGAGAAAAAAAACUAGUUAUAUGAAAACAAUUUUUCCAUGGAACAUGUAUACUUACUUGCUGAGUUUUUUCCAGACAUGUUUAGUAUAGACCUACAUGUCACAGGUGUCAGCAAAAUUUAAAUUUUAAUGUAAAACCGUUUACACAAGGUAGCUAGAUUUUAUAAAGUGAACUGACUGUUUGAUUUAUAAACAGUCUUUAAAUUUAAAAACUAUUUGAAAGUGCUUUCAUUGUAUUAUAGUUCAAAAAUAUAUUUGUAAAUUGAGGUACCUUAAAAAUUUGCUCUUAGUUGCAAACCCCUCAUUCACUAGCUCUGUGUACCAACUUUUUUUAAAGACACAAGAUUUCACUUAAGGUAUUUUUACAAAAGACAUUUCAUAACAUAUCAAAUAAGUUUUUUAAAGGAGUUCUGAUUUAUGCUCAUCCACUUCAACAUCUAAGAGGACUAGUAUGAUUAAAGUUAUGAUUCUUGCUUGUUCUGAAGUUGCUCAGUCUAGUAUGUCACAGCUUUUUCUGUCAUCAUAUUCAUAUCAUGUUUGCCAUGUAUACCUUUAGAAAAGUAGAAUAAAUUAUAGUGUUACUAAUAUUAGACUUCUUAAAGAUAUGAUUGUAUUACGCCUUGGUAGUUUAACUGUUUAAUUUCAAAAUUGCAGUAAUUGUGUGUUAAUAUUUAAAUAAAGCAAGUCCUCUUAAAAUGUUGACCUUGCUUAAAAGUUUUUUCCUGUUUGUCAAAUAAAAAUAUAAAGCGAUUUGUGAAUUUAUAUGGUCAAGUAAGGCCUCAUUAGUGACUGUCUUUGGUAAAAUAGACAUGAUAAUUGGCAAUCUGAGGUUGGUAUUGUACACAACAGCAAUUGUGUUUACUUUGUAUCAUGUCAUACUAGUAAUUUUCAAAAUAGUAUCAGUAGAAGACGCAUGUAAAAAUUACUGGCUGUUUAAAAUCUAUUGAUUACCUCAACACCAUUAGUAGUUUCACCAUUUAUUUUUCAGGUAUAAUUUUAAAAUGAAGUUGAAAGUUAAAAAAAACAUUUUUCUACGAUAUUCAAGAUUGAUUUUAGUUCCUGCUAUUGCUAAGUGUUGUAAAUAUUGCCAUCACAAAAGUGUGUUGAUUCCUGUCCACACAUAUAUAACAUAGUCUGUUUCUUUUUAUUUACCAACAAGAAAUGACAACUCUAUAGUGGAUUAUCCCAUAAAAAAAGUAUUCACAAAGUAAUACAUCAUUCUCUGGAUAUACAUUUAAAUUAAUGUCUGUUUACCAACUACUUGUCUGUGCUUUU